GGCUCUCGCUCGCGCUCGGGGGAGGCUGAGGCGGCGGCGGCAGGCGCAACAGCAGCGAUGGCGGAUUUCGACGCUUAUGACGACCGGGCCUACAGCAGCUUCGGCGGCGGCCGCGGGUCCCGUGGCAGUUCUGGCCUUGGCCCACGCAAACAGAAAGAUCUGCCAACAGAGCCCCCCUUCACGGCGUACGUCGGAAACCUUCCCUUCAACACAGUCCAAGGAGACAUUGAUGCCAUCUUCAAGGAUCUCAGUGUCAGGAGCGUGAGACUGGUCCGAGACAAAGAGACAGACAAAUUUAAAGGGUUUUGUUACGUAGAAUUUGAUGAGGUCGAGUCGCUUAAGGAAGCGCUGACAUACGAUGGAGCGCUUUUGGGUGACCGGUCGCUCCGAGUGGACAUAGCUGAAGGCCGGAAACAAGACAAAGGUGGUUUUGGUUUUAGAAAAGGUGGCGGCCCAGAUGACAGAGGCAUGGGCGGAGGUCCGCGGGAAUCACGAGGAGGUGGAUGGGAUUCCAGAGACGACUUCAAUGCUGGCUUCCGAGACGAUGACUUCUUGGGAGGCAGAGGCGGGACGCGUCCAGGUGAUCGGCGAGGAGGCGGUCCACCCAUGGGGGGCACUGGUCGCUUUAGGGAUGGCCCCCCUCUUCGUGGGUCUUCCAUGGAUUUCAGAGAGCCAACAGAAGAGGAAAGAGCCCAGCGGCCCAGACUCCAGCUCAAACCACGGACGGUUGCUACCCCCCUCAACCAAGUAGCCAACCCCAACUCUGCUAUCUUCGGUGGAGCCAAGCCAAGGGAGGAAGUAGUAAAGGAGGAAGAACAGGAAUGA